AUGAUAACAGAAGAGUUGUUUUGCGCGUUUGUGCACCAGGCGUGGAACGAGCUCGCGGCGUCGCGGGUGGGUAACCACCUGCCCAGCGGCGGCAGCGACACUGCGCAGAUGCAGCGGCAGCAGCAACUCCCGCGGCGAUGCAGCAUCCCAUUUAUUUCCGGUCGCGCCGCCCUCCCGGCGUCCUCGGGAUCCCCGCUAGAUUACCCAGACCUCCUCAUGGCGUACUACAACGCGAACCGCAACGCCCUGCUGCGGUAUCACUGCGACGUGCCGUUUCUGCAGCCUCGCGCAACCUACUCACUGCAUCAGCGUGCCUCACCUGCGUUUGUGGGUCAACCACACAUCUGGCGCCAACGACGCAAUACGCGAAGCCACGCGCUCACAGCCAGUCAUCGGAACCCUUCCGCCUAUACGUACGAACGGCAGGAGGGUGAAGCGCCGUCCCCACCCACAGAUGCGAAUUACCAGGCAGGGCGCUACACUGAGCUGCGUGGUCCGACGGUCAUGCCAAACACUGCGGCAGAACCGUCGCAGAACAGCUGGGGGGCAUUCACGGAAGACGAUGACAUGCUUCCAGAAGGAGGACGUCCCUCAUGGUCUCCUCGGCAACUGCGCUACCAUCAUACCUCUGGGGGGAGUAGUGCCAGUGGCCCACGUGAAAGUUCCGGGAUUCCCGUUGACGCGUUGAACUACGGCGGCUUUAGCGAUGAGGAGGAGGAAGUGGAGGAGGAUGAGUUGCAGGGACGACCGACCGUGCGGCUUGGCCCACCGCGCACGGGAUGA